AUGUCUGCUGCUAGCAAAAUCUUAUCUGAAAAGCCAAGUGAAUUAGAGUUACAAGUCGCUCAAGCUUUCGUUGACUUAGAAGGUCAAUCCGACUUAAAGGCCGAAUUGAGACCAUUACAAUUCAAGAGCAUCAAGGAAAUUGAUGUCAACGGUGGUAAGAAGGCCUUAGCUGUUUUCGUUCCAUGUCCAUCUUUAGCAGCUUACAGAAGAGUUCAAACCAGAUUAACCAGAGAAUUAGAAAAGAAGUUCCCAGACCGUCACGUUGUUUUCUUAGCUGAAAGAAGAAUUUUACCAAAGCCAUCUAGAAGAUCUAGACAACAACAAAAGAGACCAAGAUCCAGAACUUUGACUGCUGUCCACGACAAGAUCUUAGAAGACUUAGUUUUCCCAACCGAAAUUGUUGGUAAGAGAGUUAGAUACUUAGUUGGUGGUAACAAGAUCCAAAAGGUCUUAUUGGACUCCAAGGACUCCACUGCUGUCGACUACAAGUUAGACUCAUUCCAACAAUUAUACCAAAAAUUAACUGGUAAGCAAGUUGUUUUUGAAAUCCCAAGUGAUGUUUACUAA